AGUCAGUCUAGGCUUUUCCCAAUCUCGAAUUGCAUUACCUGUUCCGGAUAGCUCAAAAUCCUGACCCUUGUGGUGACCAAAUCCUUGCCCAUUACGUGGAGAUCAUUUUGUCACGUCUAGCAGCUGAAGGGUACACUAUUGACAUUCCUGAUGAACCACUUCCACACCCCAUCCCAUUGUGGACACAGGCCAUAAUUAUAGAGUGUACACUUCAAUACUCCGAGGCCAGUUCAUGUUUGCUGAGCAUCCACUUUGUUUCUGAGUUGGCAGAACAAUCCCAAAUGUCUUUAUAGAUAGCCAUUUCCAAAUCGAAUGCGGGAAACUCGUCAUCUGCCUUGUUUACAGUCAUUCAUACUUGAACAGCAUCACAUAACCAUCAAAGUGCCUAGGUCAGACUACAAACGGGACAACCAACAUGCAUACCAGGCCGCAGAAAAUCAAGAUUAGCAGAAGUGGCCCAUCGCUUAAGCGUAAGGCCAAAGCCCUUGGCGUGAAGGCGAAUGUUCUCAGCGUGCUCAUGUACCACAAUGCCAUUGAUAACCGGAUGGAAAUGGAGGUACAUGUGCCUAAAGACCUGAAAAAGUUACCGGAUUUCAAUAAACUUGUUUGUAUCCGUCCCUUCAUAUUUCAUGGUCGAACGAGAAUUAUGACAUUUUCAGGUCCAAAGAGCCAUCCGUGGUAAGGACCGAAAAGCUCACGCUCGGGCUCUUGCUACACCACAGCC